AAUGGCUGCUGGGAUUGCCUGGAGGGAUCUGAGGGCUCUGUGGCAUUCCUGGUGUUUCAUUCCCAGUGUUCAGCAGCACCAGGAAAUGAGUUUUUCCAUGGAUUUCCCUUCAUCCAGUGGCAGAUCCAGACAAAAUCCUUCCAAUGCCUCAGGAUGAUUUCCUGGAAAAUCCAAGGAAGUUGCAGGUGGGGAGGAAAGUGUGGAGCAGGAAAUUCCAUCCUGGCUUUCUCCUCAAAUUCAUGGAAUUCUUUGGGAUUUUUCCCUUUCUGGGGGAAAACUUCACUCCUUGAUGGAUUUCCCUGUUUUUCCCACCCUUCCCAUCUGCUGGAGAAAAAUCUGCUCCACGGGAAUGUUUGAAUCCCAAAUUUUGCCUGGAUAAUUCCCAACUUUCAAUCGCCUUUUGUUUUUCUUGUGGAAUUUCCACUUUUCCCACGGGAAUCAGAUCUGGAAGAGCCCAUCCCUUGGUUUCCUCUUGGACUUGGAUUUCCCAAGGAUCUCCCUAUGGAAAAGGGAAUUGCUGGGCACUGCUGGCCUGGGGAAAAGGGGGAAAAUCUGCUGGAAUUCCACCUGGAUUUGGGAAAUGAGGAGUCCUGGUGGCUGGAAUCUCCCUUUCCUCCAAAGCACUUCCAGGAGCUGGGCUGGAUUUUGCAGGCAGAAGGGAUUCUGUGGGAUAGGGAAUGUGGUGGUUCAGGGAAUAAUCCCAUGGUUUGUGGAGCAGAAUUCCAGGAUUUUCUCUCCUGGCUGCUUCAUUUCAGCUCCAUCCCAGCCCAUCCAGGUGUGGAAUUCCAGGAUGGAUUGGCUUGGAAUCCUUCCUGGAUCCCUGGGAUCCCGAGGAUUCUCCACAGGCUCCCUAAUCCCAGGAAUGUGCCCCCUCAGGAAUGGCUGGAGAGGGAAAACUCCAGGAGGAGGAGCUGGAGGUCCCUGCCAGGGCAUGGAGUUAUCCUGGGAGUCAUCCAAGGAUUUUUUCCUGCUUUUCCCUUUAGUUAUGAAUGGAUUUUGGGAAUUCCCUCUCAGCCCCUUGGGAUACGGGGAAAUCCCAUCAAAUUCCAUGCCUGGAAGUGUCCAAGGCCAGGCUGGGACAGUGGAAGUGUCCCUGCCCAUGGAAUGGGAUCAUCCUUGAGUCCCUUCCAAGCAAUCCAUUCUGGAAUUCUGGGAUUCUCCCAUCCCUUCUCCACUUUUUUUUCCCUCUGCUCAUUUUUCCAGGAGUCCCUGGGAGAUCCCACAGCCUCCUGCUCUGUGGUAUCCCAGUGCUGCCAGGAAAGCUGGGGCAGGGAAAAUCCUGGAAUGGUUUGGGUGGGAAAGGACCCAAAGGAUGAUCCCAUUCCAUGGGCAGGGACAGCUCCCACUGUCCCGGGCUGGCUUUGGACACUUCCAGGGAUGGAGAUUCCCAGCUUUUCUGUUCCAGUGGCUGCAGGAAGGACAAGAUCCCCUCGGCUCUGGUUUUCCCAACAUUUUUCCCAGCCUGUGCUCCCAUUUUUUGGCCACUUCUUGCUUUGUUCCUGCUCCACUCCAGCCUCCCCAUCCCGUUUUUCCUUCCUCAUUUAUCCUGCAAAUUCCCAGCCCUGCAAGCCCUGCUCUUCUCCCAGGAAUUCCAGCUCUGAUCCCUGAUCCAAACUCUGGGAAUUCUCUCUGGAGCUGGGGAAAACUCGGAUCGUUUGGAUUUUUGUGUGGGCCAGGAAACGGAGCCGCUGCUCCACCUUUCCCAGGAAAAGGGUGUGGGAGGAAUUCGGUCUUUCCGCCUCAUUCCCGAGGGGUAAAACGCUGGAUUUGGGAAUCAGGGACCUGCCGGAGCUUGGAAUUCCCAUCCCGCAGCUCUGAGCCUUGGAAUUGGGCUCCUUGUGCCAACAAAACUCGUCAGAGCUUCAGGAAAAGUGAAUCCGCACGGAGCCCUGCCCUGGGACACGGAGUUAUCCUUGGAAGCUGCAGCUCCUGGCUGGGGGAGGAGCGGGCUUGGGAAACCCGAUCUCCCUGAGGAAUUCCUCCCCCUGGAAUGUCACCGGGCAGGUCCGGAGCGCUUUUGUUUGUUAAUCCCUGCCUCAAAAUCCCUCGGGAUUCUGCUCCAGAGGGGGUUGGGCUCGCCAGGAGAGUCCAGGACCUGAUUCCUUUCAUCCCGGAGCGUGGAAAUCUCAGGGAAGGGGUUUAGGACAAGGAAAAGAAUGGGAAAAAAAAAAUCGGGAUUAAAUGUGGGAGGUGGGAGCUGAGCUGGGGGCCCGGGGAGGGUUUGACUGACGCUUCCCGGGAUCUGCUCCUGCUUGGACACGGACAUGGAGCAUCCCAGGAAUCCCUUCCCAUCGGGAAUAGGCUCAGGAAAAGGACAGGGAAUGGGCAAAGCUGGGAAUUGCCACAUUUUGCUCCAGGCUGGAAAAGGGAAGGCAGGGAUUGAAUCCACCUGGAAGCUGAGAGCACCGGGAUCCAGGCUGGGAACAUUCCUGAGCUGGCUCCAUCCUGGAGGUUCUGAUCCAUGUUUUGGGCCUUCCUCCCUCUGGAGCUGGAGGAUUCUCCCUCAGGAUGGAGCUGAUCCAUCCCUAGGGAAGGAUCCAUGGAGCUUCCCGUGAUCCCAAGCUCUGGGUGAUCCGGGAUUUUCCCUGGGAUCGGGAUGAGCCUCCAGAGGUGACACCGUGCUCCUUCCAGCUCUUGGCUCUUCCCAGCGCUCCGCUCUUUCCCAGGAAUCAUUCCUGGGAAUUCAUCCACCCCAUGGUGUUUUGGGCAUGGAUUUUUGGGUGCUCAGACUUCCAGCUGCCCAUCCUGGGGGAGAAUUCCUGGGAAUGGGAGCACUUCUGGAGCAUCUUUCUGCUCCCAGUCCUUGUGCUGGCUCCGUGCUGGGAUUGUGGAUCUGAUCCCGGGAAUUCCAGCGGUUAUCCCGGGUGUUAUCCCGUGGCCAUCUCGGUGCUCCCGAGGUGCCUCCAGGGCUCCUUUUGGUUGAACCUCAAGGGUGGAAGUUGGGUUUGGAUCCAUCCCAACCCGGAGGAGCCGCGGGAAAACAUGGAUGAGGUUUGUCCUCAUUCCAGCCUUGGUAUUCCCAGCAUGGCUGGGGUGGGAAUGGUUUGGAAUAUCAUCCAGCUCCAGCAGGAUCCCACGCUCCACGCGGAAUGUGGGCUUUGUCCAGUUUGAUUCAUGGAUAUUGACAUUCCCAGUGUCCACCUGGAAAAGCUCAGGUGCUUGGGAAAGCCCUGUGGGAAGCAGUGGGAAUCCUGAUGGGUUUGGGAUCUUCUCCAGCUCUCCUGGAACACCUGGAUGUCUCCCAGUCCUUGCUCCAGCAGGGAGCAUGUCCUGGAAAACCAACCGGCCUGGCAAGUUUGGGGUGGAGAGAGGUGGGAUUUUUUGGGAUUCCUUCCAUCUGGAGCCACACUGGGACCAGGACAGGCUUGGACAAGCUCGGGAGCUUGGCCAGGAGGAGCUUUUCCAGGGAAGGGCUUUUCCUCAGGGAGGGUUCUCCUGGAUCUCUGCCUGUUCCUCCUUUGCUGCCUUGGGUGAGGAAUCCGGGAAUGUCGGCAGCACCUGCUAGAGUCAAUCCAGAGGAUCCCACGGAGCUGCUCCCGGGGCUGGAACCCCUCUGCUCUGGGAGAGCUGGGAAUGUUCCCCUGGAAAAGAGGCAGCUCCAGGGAGAGCUCAGAGCCCCUGGCAGGGCCUGGAGGGGCUCCA